GGAGGGAUGAAGGGAGGUAUAGGCGCCGCUCCCGAGUCCAGGGGGAGGCGGUGACUUCCGAAAUUUAUGGGUGCGAUUGCGAGCCAGCGGCGUCGCUGCCUCCGUGCAGAGCAUAGCGCACUGAAGCUGGGAUUACCGCAACUUUUCUGGCAGCGCAUAUCAGCAUCCGUCGCGUCUCCUAUACCGGUUUACAUGCUGCGUCGUCCCAACUAGAUGCACAGGGAUAGUUUGAGAUUUUGCUUGGUCCCCUGUCGCCGAGGCCGUGAGCGCCUCCCUCGGGUCUGAGGAGGAGCAGCACCCCGACGUCCAUGGCCCCCAUCGCGGGACGAGCCGCGACCCUCCGCCUGCUCCUGCAGGGCAUGCUGGUCCUGUGGCUCAGGUGCGCCACCAGCAGGGAGCACGGCUGGACUGCGGACUCAUUGUGUCACCGAGCUGGACACCCCCUCGUGUCACACACAGAGAUCGAGCCGUGGAUCCACAGAUUCAGGAAAGAGGGAGCCGUGGAUUAUUCCCAGCUGACGUUCGACCCAGGACAAAAGGAGCUGAUUGUGGGAGCCAGAAAUCAUCUCUUCAGGCUACAUUUGGAGGACCUUUCCAUAAUCCAGGAUGUUGAAUGGCAGUGUGAUGAAUUCACCAAAGCGGCUUGUUUCAGUCGGGGCAAGUCUGAGGACGAGUGCCAGAAUUACAUCCGAGUCCUGCUUGUUAACGGAGGCCGUCUGUUCGCCUGUGGGACCAAUGCAUUUACCCCGAUUUGCACGAAUCGCACGCUGACCAAUCUGACCGAGAUCCAUGAGCAGAUCAGUGGUAUGGCCCGGUGCCCCUACAGCCCCCAGCACAACUCCACAGCCCUCAUCACCUCCACUGGCGAGCUCUACACCGCCACUGCCAUGGACUUCUCGGGCCGGGACCCUGCCAUCUACCGCAGCCUGGGCGGCCUGCCCCCUCUACGCACCGUCCAGUACAAUUCAAAAUGGCUCAAUGAGCCCAACUUCGUGUCGUCCUACGACAUCGGGAACUUCACAUACUUCUUCUUCCGCGAGAACGCUGUGGAGCACGAUUGUGGCAUGACGGUGUUCUCGCGCGUGGCCCGUGUGUGCAAGAAUGACAUUGGCGGCCGCUUCCUGCUGGAGGACACUUGGACCACCUUCAUGAAGGCGCGCCUCAACUGCUCCCGGCCCGGCGAGAUCCCCUUUGAGUACAGCGAGCUGCAGGGCACCUUCUACCUGCCCGAACUGGAGCUGCUCUAUGGCAUUUUCACCACCAACGUGAACAGCAUCGCAGCGUCUGCCGUGUGCGUGUUCAACCUGAGUGCCGUCACCCAUGUGUUCAGUGGGCCCUUCAAGUACCAGGAGAACUCGCGGUCAGCCUGGUUGCCCUAUCCAAACCCAAAACCCGACUUCCAGUGCGGCACCGUAGAUUAUGGCUCCAACGUGAACCUGACCGAGAGGAACCUCCAGGAUGCUCAGAAGUUCAUCCUGAUGCACGAGGUGGUGCAGCCAGUGGUGCCCGUGCCGUACUUCAUGGAGGACGAUGUUCGUUUCUCCCAUGUGGCCGUGGACGUGGUGCAGGGCAAGGACAUGCUGUUCCACAUCAUCUACCUGGCCACAGAUUACGGAACCAUCAGAAAAGUGCUUUCCCCACUGAACCAGAAGAUGGGCAGCUGUCUGCUGGAUGAGAUAGAGCUUUUCCCCCGUGGAAAGCAGCAGCCAAUCAGAAGCCUGCUGAUCCUGCACAGUCGCAGCAUCCUUUUUGUUGGCGUCAGGGACCAGGUUAUCAAGAUACCGCUCAUGCGAUGCAACUUCCACAGAACCCAGGAGGCGUGCAUGGGGGCCCGGGACCCGUACUGCGGCUGGGACCUGGUUCUGAAGAAGUGUACCACUCUGGAGGAGAGCGUCAGCAUGAGCCAGUGGGAGCAAAGCAUCAUGGGAUGUCCGGCCAGGAAUGUGACGGUGGAUGGGCAGUUUGGAUCAUGGUCGCAGUGGAAACCAUGCGGUCAGAGGGAUGGGGGUGCUUUAGGCUUCUGCACGUGCCGGACCCGAGCAUGCGACAACCCCACCCCCCAGUGUGGCGGGCGGCCGUGUCAGGGUCCGAUUGUGGAGGUCGCCAACUGCUCCAGGAACGGCGCCUGGACACCGUGGACGGCGUGGGCGCCGUGCAGCACCAGCUGCGGCGUCGGCUUCCAGGUGCGGCAGCGCUCCUGCAGCAACCCCGCCCCCCGGCAUGGUGGCCGAGUGUGCGUCGGCCAGAACCGCGAGGAGAGGUACUGCAACGAGCACCUUCCCUGUCCACCGCAUAUCUACUGGUCCAGCUGGUCGCUGUGGGAACGCUGCCCCGUGCCCUGUGGUGGAGGCAUCCAGACGCGACAUCGGACCUGUGAGAACGGGAACGAAUGUCCCGGAUGUAGCAUGGAGUUUCAGGCCUGUAACACACUCCCCUGCCCAGACCUGAAGAAGACCACACCCUGGACCCCAUGGACGCCGGUCAACAUCUCCGACAAUGGCGGCCAUUAUGAGCAACGCUUCAGAUACACCUGCAAGGCCCGCAUUGCUGACCCCAGUCUCCUGGAGGUGGGUCGGCAGAGGAUCGAGAUGCGUUACUGCUCCAAUGAUGGUUCCACGGACUGCUCCACUGAUGGAGACCUCCUCCGUCCGGGCCGGCUGAUGGCCCACACCGUGAACGGCGGCUGGUCAGCCUGGUCGUCCUGGUCCCAGUGUAGCCGGGACUGUGGCCGGGGGAUCCGCAGCCGGAGGCGCUCCUGCACGAACCCUGAGCCCAAGUACGGAGGCCUGCCGUGUCCAGGGCCCGCCCUGGAGUACCAGGAGUGCAAUGUCACGCCCUGCCCCGUGGACGGGAGCUGGUCCUGCUGGUCACCUUGGUCCAAGUGCUCCGUCACUUGCGGGGGAGGUCACUACAUACGCACACGAAGCUGCAGCAGCCCCACCCCGGCCUAUGGCGGAGAUAUUUGCCUGGGACUGCACACGGAGGAGGCCCUAUGCAACACGCAGCCCUGCCCAGAGAGCUGGUCAGAGUGGUCGGCCUGGACGCGCUGUGACUCCUCCAGAGUCCAGAGUCGCCUCCGUCACUGCCAGGUGCUCUUCCCUACUGGAGUCCAGUGUUCCGGAAACUCGUCGGAGGUCAGGUCCUGUGCGUCUGACUCCAACUUCAUUCCAGAAAUAUCAAUUGCUCGUUCCAGUCAUGAUGACAGGCGAUGUGGAGAUUUCAACUUGUUCCACAUGAUUGCAGUGGGUCUGAGCAGUUCCAUCCUGGGCUGCCUGAUCACCCUGUUAGUCUACACGUACUGUCAGAGGUACCAGCAGCAAUCCCAUGAUGCAACAGUCAUCCACCCUGUAUCCACUGCGCUCAACACCAGCGUCACCAACCACAUCAACAAGCUGGACAAAUAUGAUACUGUGGAGGCAAUUAAGGCAUUCAAUAAAAAUAACCUGAUUUUGGAAGAAAGGAAUAAAUACUUCAAUCCAAACCUUGCAGGGAAAACUUAUACCAAUGGCUACUUCUCAGAUCUCAACGCCUAUGAUGACUAUUGACUGUCCUUGGAUGGAGUUGAAGAAUGAACUUCUAUGUUGAGUAAAUCUGCCUUUUUCAGUACUGGUUUAUAAAGACAUUUUGUAACAUUCUGUGUGGGACUUCCUCAGUUCAGUUCAUCAUCCACUGUCAACCUACAAAGAGAACAAAGCCAGCUUUGUGAGGCUGGAGAUCCCUUUGCAAAUCCAGUCUUGGAAAGACCCUUCAUUCUCUGUCCCUAACUUUUAGAUUGGCUGGGGGAGAAAAUGGAUGGACAAUUCAACAAAACGCACCAACUCCAAGGGAGGAGUGAUAUUGAAGAGACAAUGAAGCAUAACUGCCUUUUUCGAGGAACUGCGGGAGGGCGGAUGCAUGGCGUUAAAUCAGAACUUGUCGUCUGUCACUUCGUUUGUUUUGCAUGGUUGCUGCCUUCCAAAAUCCGCAGUGUCCAGACAGCUUUGUCUGCAGUGCCGGUCAAGCGGCCCUAUAAGAGAGGUGAACCAAUCACACGGCCCUAUUCCGCACACCAUCAAGGGGAAAAUAGCUGAUUGGCUGUCAGGCAAAGCCAGACAAUCAUAAUGUACAUAUUUAGUCAAUGGGCCGACGCGAUCCUCUUUGUUCACUACAUGAUCCCCUCCAGCAGCUAAAAUGUCAUUUAGUGAGUCAAUUAGUGAGUCUGUUAGUAUUUUGUUUUAAGCGAAACUCAUUUUGCAGCUAUGUUGCUUUGCUUUUUAUUUUUGAGGAAAAACAUUCAUUUCUGUGUUCUGGUUUACACUUAAAUCCAGCAAAUGUAAAACCUAAGAGGGAAAUAAAAUUGGCUGCUGGCAAAAACGAAUCCCCACACGGUUUUUCUGUUGUGAAACAAGCAGUGACUUGCCUUGGUACCUGCUAAGAUGACCAAGCGUGGCAUGAAAAACAUGUUUUUCAUAUGAGCAUAUGUGAAUUUCUAGGAUGUAUGAAAAAUGUCUUCAGUAUUUUUUUAUCCAGUAAUGAAGUGAGCUCUUCAAGUGUUUUAGUAACAUGUAUGUGUUUUAUUGUAAUCAUUUUCAUUUUUUUAUUACCAACAUUGGCAGUUAUAUUUUGCAUAAAUUAAAGAAAAAGUCUCACGUCUUUCAGCUGUUGUAGCUUAUGGUAGAUAUUGAGUUUAUGAAAUUGUUUAGUCGGUAUAACCACAGCAGUGUUCCCCAUCACCUUUAACCUAGUGGGCCGCCCAUGCGAAAUGGUAUUUCAGUCUCGACGAUUAACGAUAACAGGCUUCCCUCUGUGAAAGAGUGCUGAUCUUGCAAAGGGGGAGGUGACAAGUUUGAGUUAAAGUCCAGCCAGAGGUGACCUUAUGUUUUUGUCCCGAACACUUUUUGGCUGGCUGUCCGUGCGAGCGUGUGUGUGCGUGCGUGUGGGAAAAAGAGGUACUGUUUCUGUGUAUUAUUAUUAUUAUUAUUAUUAUUAAACCUACCUGUUCAUACAUAAAGCUUUGUUUGAAAUAUGUACUGUAAUCAGAUUAAAUAAAUGUUACAUUGAACUGUU